CGUUCCUCACCGCCCCCCCCCCCCCCCCCCCCGCCAGUUGCGGAGCGGCGGCGGGCGGAGGGGGAAUGGCGGCGGCCGGAGCUCGGGGAGCAGGUGCUGGCCCGGCGAGAGCGGGCGCAGUCACGGUGCCGCAUCCCGUGGAGGAGCCCCUGCGUGGCUAAAGCCGCCCUCCCUCCGCCGGGAGAACUGCAGCGGAAGGCGAUCCCUCAGCCUGACCGCCCGCCGGGGCAGCCCUUCUUCCACCCUAUCCCCCCCAUCCCUCCCCGUCAUGGAGGCGAGUGGCUUGGAGUGGCUGCUGGUCCCCGUGCGGCAGCUGGUGUCGUGGGGUGCCGCGGGGGCCAUGGUGUUCGGCGGCGUGGUGCCCUACGUUCCCCAGUACAGGGACAUCCGCCGGACGCAGAACGCGGAGGGCUUCUCCACCUACGUCUGCCUGGUGCUGCUGGUCGCAAACAUUUUGCGGAUACUUUUUUGGUUUGGAAGGCGUUUUGAAUCCCCUCUUUUGUGGCAAAGCAUUAUCAUGAUCGUUACUAUGUUACUGAUGCUGAAACUGUGCACUGAAGUACGUGUGUCCAACGAGCUAAACAUAAAACGCCGCUCUUUUGCAGCUGCAGAUAGUAAGGAUGAAGAAAUCAAAGCACCUCCCAAGAGAUCCUAUCUGGGAACUGAGCUCCUGCUGUGCUCCCUGGGAUUGCUUUUAGAUUUUGACUUGAACUAUUUUUGGCAUUGGAGCAAGUUUACAGACUACGUGCAGUGUGUCCUGACCUUCACUGGUGUGACCGGUUACAUCACUUACCUCUGGCUUGACUCAUCUCUCUUUGUGGAAACGCUGGGCUUCCUUGCAGUGUUCACCGAGGCGAUGUUAGGUGUUCCCCAGCUCUACCGUAACUACCAGAAUAGGUCUACAGAAGGAAUGAGUGUCAAGAUGGUGCUGAUGUGGACCAGUGGGGACACGUUCAAGACUGUUUACUUCAUUCUGAAUCAGGCCCCGUUCCAGUUCUCCAUCUGUGGACUCCUGCAGGUUUUCGUGGACAUCGCUAUCCUGUUGCAGGUUUACUUGUACAGCUACUACCCUCAGAAGCCCGCGUCCCACGCUGCACACCCAGCCAGCACCAAGGCCCUGUGAGGCAUUUAGCUGGACAGGUUGCAGGUCAGCGGCGCUGCGGAGUCAGCCAUGGCAGCUCCUCUUCCGCUUGUAAAUAAUCCCGUGUUGCCAAGUUGAAAGCAGAAAUGAGAACAAGGAUUGAAAAUCUGGCUGCACUUCCAGCUCGGGAGGUUUUAUUUUAAAUAACUUUCUCUGUUUUCAGAUUUAGCUGUACAGAACUGUUUCUUGGUGGGGGGAGGGGCACUUUAUUUUUGCGUAUGUACCUAUGAGCCUUAUCAAUUCACAAAUG